GCUUGUCAGGGUUGGACUUGCCGCCGAGGCCUAGCGAGUUCUGGCGCCGCUCUUUGCGUCGAGCCACGGAGGGUUGAGGAAGAAAAGAGCCGAAAGCGGCGGCUUCACGGAGAAUGGACUGAAGGCAGUGGUCGCCCUCGGUGUGCCGGCAGAAUCCGGUGCGGCGGCGUAUUAUCGGAGCGUGACCCAGUGCUGAAGCGGCGGCGGUCGGAGAGCGGGAGGCGGUCAGGAUGAAUUUGGAGCUUCUAGAGUCCUUUGGACAGAACUAUCCAGAGGAGGCAGAUGGAACUCUGGACUGCAUCAGCAUGGCCCUCACCUGCACCUUUAACAGGUGGGGUACGCUGCUGGCUGUUGGUUGUAAUGAUGGACGCAUCGUCAUUUGGGACUUCCUGACAAGGGGAAUCGCCAAGAUCAUCAGUGCGCACAUACAUCCAGUUUGCUCACUAUGUUGGAGCCGAGAUGGGCAUAAAUUAGUCAGUGCUUCCACUGAUAACAUCGUGUCCCUUUGGGACGUCCUGUCUGGAGACUGUGACCAAAGGUUCCGCUUUCCUUCGCCUGUUCUCAAAGUUCAGUUCCACCCUCGAGAUCAGAACAGAGUCCUUGUCUGUCCGAUGAAGUGUGCGCCAGUGUUGCUAACUCUCUCUGAUUCCAAGCAUGUAGUUCUACCUGUAGACGAUGAUUCAGAUCUUAAUGUUGUGGCAUCUUUUGACCGACGAGGAGAAUAUAUUUACACAGGGAAUGCCAAGGGAAAGAUUUUGGUAUUAAAGACUGAUACACAAGAGCUGGUGGCUUCGUUCCGAGUCACAACAGGUACCAGCAAUACCACCGCUAUAAAGUCCAUCGAAUUUGCAAGGAAAGGCAGCUGUUUCCUAAUCAACACAGCAGACAGAAUCAUUCGAGUGUACGAUGGUAGGGAAAUUCUGACCUGUGGGCGGGAUGGCGAGCCUGAACCCAUGCAGAAGCUGCAGGACCUGGUGAACAGAACACCUUGGAAAAAGUGCUGUUUCUCUGGUGACGGGGAGUACAUCUGUGCUGGAUCAGCACGGCAGCAUGCCCUCUACAUCUGGGAGAAGAGCAUAGGAAACCUGGUUAAGAUCCUGCAUGGCACACGGGGAGAACUACUGCUGGAUGUAGCGUGGCAUCCUGUGCGACCGAUCAUAGCUUCAAUAUCCAGUGGGGUUGUAUCCAUUUGGGCUCAGAAUCAAGUAGAAAACUGGAGUGCUUUUGCUCCAGACUUCAAAGAGUUAGACGAGAAUGUUGAAUAUGAAGAGAGAGAAUCAGAGUUUGAUAUUGAAGAUGAAGAUAAGAGUGAGCCGGAACAGACUGGCGGAGAUGCAGCGGAGGAUGAAGAAGUUGAUGUGACGUCCGUGGAUCCUAUUGCUGCAUUUUGUAGCAGCGAUGAAGAAUUUGAGGAUUGCAAAGCCUUGCUCUACCUUCCAAUAUCACCAGAAGUGGAAGACCCUGAAGAGAAUCCUUAUGGACCUCCACCUGAGCCCGUGCAAAACCCUGGAACUGAUGACCUGAACAACCCAGAGAAAAAAAGGCAGGCAUCAACUGAUGGAUCACAACCACUCAAGAAGAAACCUAAGAUGACUAAUAUUGAACUGCAAGGAGUACCAUCUGAUGAAGUUCACCCAUUGCUGGGUGUGAAGGGUGAUGGCAAGUCGAAGAAAAAACAAGCGGGCAGACCAAAAGGAACGAAAGGUAAAGAGAAAGAUUUCAUUAAGUCGAAAGCCUUCAAAGGGGACAGAGGUCAACCUUUGGAAGGAGCAGUGAAGGGCAAGGAGCUGGCGGAAGUGGCCGAGCCACCCGCAGGAGGAGCCGUCAUUUCCGACCUGCUGUGAAGAUAGGAAAAGAUGCUUCUUCAUCCCUGCGGCCUUCGUACUUUAGUAGGUGUGAUGCAGUAUCCAGAAAGAGGGUGACUAUUGGUCAGUGUGCACACCAAAGCCCAAAGUGACCUUCACAAAUCAGGAGAAGAUUUCCCUUCCAUCCUCCUGAAGAACCGUGGGCCUUGGAAAGUCGAUCAACUGGACAUCUUGAGCAAUUCACUGGGAAUGCCAAGCUUCUGUCUUCAAAUGUCAUGGAGUAGUGUUGCAUUUCACAUUCUACCAUAACAGAGGGCACUUACAUCAGAGAUGUGUACAAGGUUCAGCAAGUGCAUCAUUUUUUUGGGAUGGGGGGAGUUUCUUUACCCUUGUGCAUUUGAAGAGUUUUCUAUGAGUAAUUCUUUUAGAUUCUGGAAGAUUGUCUGCUUGAACACUGACCAGUCUGGUGCACGGUUUAGACCCAUACAGUCUGAUGAAUAUUUUUUUCUCUGUCUCUGUUUGUCUGUCUCUUUUUUUAAAAAAGAAAAAAAUAACUAAUCUGUAGUAACUUCUGGAUGCCUUGCUGUUUAUAUUUCUACUCUUUUGUUCUGCUAACCAGCUGGUGAUGAAACGCUAAAUGUGAUAAAUUUUGUUCUUUGUCCUCGGGCUGGGUUGAUAAUACUGUUUCAGACUAGUGACUGACACCUCAUUGAACUGUAGUGGAAGUGAAUAUUGUCAUUUCAGAGUUCAUGAUGCCUCCAUGUUCUCUGGAAGCCUAAAUCAUCCACGUAGCAGGUGUGUGGUGUCUCUGCUGCUUGUACCAGAUUUGGUCCUACCCAAAACACAGGCAGGCUGAAUCUAACCAGACACUUUCAAAAUGCCCCCCUAUUCCUCACUGGGAAUCUCUGGAACCUGUUUUUAAAAAUUUUCUGUGUACUGUGGCAGGAGACUAGCUGAUUUACAAGUAGUGAAGAUUAAACUUGUUCUGCUACUUCUAAUAUAUGUAAUUGUCCAGUAGACCCAAGGUAGUGAGAUACUACACCAGCCUCCCAGAAGGCAUGUCUUGCUCUCGCCUUUAGGAUCCCAGAAAGCUGAAAGUUGAUACCCUCACCUUGGAUAUCAAGAGGCCUUUCUUUACCUCUCACAAUGUGCUCUAUUUUUCAACAUGGUGUAGUGAACAGUGAAAGCUCACCAGAAACAGAUACAAAGAAUCUGGAUAAAAUAGGCUAGCCGUGAUUUGGUUUUGAUUUCAUGUCCAAGAAGAAAAGGUUAAUUCUUCGAAUUCAUUCUCCUAGAUUAGACCCCACACUUUAUCAGUUGUUCAGCCUUGCAAAUGCAGGAAUGGUUAACUGUUGGUUUGCUUAUGGUUGAACAAUCCUAUGACAUAUAUAUAUCUAAAAUUAAAAAUUGGGGCAACUUCUCAGAGUCACGUGUCACAGCAAGUGAAUAGCCUGCAAGUGUUUAUAUGUGUAAUAUUCCUCCUUUGCCCCACUCCAUCCACAAAAAAUGUAUAGAUCCUGUGCAUGCCACAUCCCUGAAUCAUUCCUCUUUACCCCUCCCAUGUUACCUGCUCUGGUCUUUCCUUUUGGCCACACUAGUAUGUUAUUUAAUAAUUGUUUAUUUUUGAGUCUGAGCCUGAUCUUAUCUGUUCAAUAUAAAUCAUGUGCACAGAUGACAUUGCCGAAUACAGUGUGCCCCAGAUUGCAUCUUUGGAAUCCCUUGGUAUAAAAACCUGCGUGAAAGUAUGAUUUUUCCCAGGUUUUCAGUAUCUGCAUUCUCCAGUUGUCCACAACACUGCAGCCAAGAAUUGAACUGUGACUCUGUGAUUCCCUCCAUUUAAUAGCUUAGCUCUAUGAUGCCAUUUCAAUAACUUCCAUCUUCCACUUCUCUGAGUGAUCGCUUGUGAUAGAAAGGUGUUCCAUUUCUGGCGCCCUCAUCUGUCAUGAAUACCGUGGACCAGAGAGAGAAAUGAAAUAAAAUUUAACAAAUAAAAAAAAACUGAGUUUAAAUAUACAUCCUUUCUGAACACAUGCUGGUGUUUAUGCUCAAAACAAGUCUCCAUUCAAUGUUACAUUCACACCAGUCUGUUUCUCCAUAUCCCGUCGUAAUUUUUCACAAUCCUUACCUUUGCAAGCAUGAUUAUCUUCACUUUAAUGAUAGCUGAAGGUUUGGCCAGAAGAAUGGUCUUGGAUUGAGACUACAGGUCGACCUUCACUAAUCCGGCACCAUUGGGACCUGAGGAGUGCCGGAUUAGUGAAAAUGCUGAAUUACAGAAGAAUCACAUUAAGCAUAAUCAGUGCCAGAUUAUUGAAGGAACCGGAUUACAGGUAGUCGGAUUAGUGAAGGUCGACCUCUGUUUAAUUUUCCUCCCACUUAGCAGUGGGCAUGUUAUUUCAAUACUGCAGUCCAGUUAUAUACUUUGUAACUUUUACUUCUUUUGCAAAACAAUGAUCUUGAACACUCCUACUGAAUUGACCUAAAAGAUUGGGGAUUUUGGUUAAUCAGUUAGAUGGUGGUGUAGGGAAAGAAUAAGUCCUUACACUCUUAUGUAGACCAAAAUCUGGAAUAGUGGGUGUCUUAGGUGUAAGCUCUGUUCUGUUGUGAUCUUUUGGAUUAGUUCUUCAGUGAACGGGCAGCAGUUCUAAAUUUGUCCACUGGCACCAUCGGUUCAGAGCUGGACUGCUUCACUUUCCUCUAUGUGCCAUAUCCCGAUGCUGCAGUGAGCCCCUCUGUGCUAGUUAGAAAUGGCUUCUUCAUUUAAACCUUACAGUCACGGGUUUUAUUCAAAGCAGUUGUUGUUGUACCACCGCUUCCAUUUGGGUCGGAUUAUUUUAUAAUUAUCCUUUUUAGUGUUGAUAGAAUAAUGCCUGCUUGGACCUCUGCUGCAUUCAUAUUGAACAGGCUGAUAAUUUUUGCGUGGAGGACUUGAGUGACUCGGGCAAUGUGAUAUUUUGGUAACCAAUACCACUGUACAGAACAUGUAGAAGAAUAGUUUCAGCAAAUGUGCAUACUUUUUUUUAUUCCUGUAAAUAAUAAACAGUAAUCUGGUUUUAAAUGUGGAGUUGGGUCUGUUUUAAACACAUUUGUUAAAACUGUAUUGGCAGGAAAUUACGAUGACAUAAAAAAAAAGUUUUCCUGCAUUCCUUAAAAUCCUGGCUGAUCUUUACCUCUGUAUCUAUACCUCUGUAUCUAUCAUUAAACUGCACAUCCACUGUCAAAUGAGAAGGGGGUUUG